UUCAUCGGCUCAGCCUGCACAUGUCCAGCUGCUUCCCGUCCCACCGCUACAUCGGAGUCCAGCCCUUCUCCCAUCCACCAUCCUUUCUGCACGCCUUCGAUACAGUUCCUCUCCGCCUUUGCGAGCUCACAUAUUACUGCCCACUCAAACUCAUCAGCCCUGCACGUAAGAAGUCGUGAGACUUCUCUACAACCCGCCGCCAAUUGCGGCAAUUGUAAUAUAUGUCUUGGGUACUGUCGACCUCAUCCA